UCUGACAAAAAAGGGAUGGGGGGCUCUAAUAUAGAGGGUGGCUUUAAUACAGAAAAAACGUUAAAUUAUUAUUUUAUUAUUUUAAAGUGUUCUGCUGAACAUCAACGAAUUGGUUCAACUUCUCCCUUAGAUCGUCGUCCUUCAAUGGAUUCAAAUAACCGUAAACCUUCCAACUCUAAUAGAGAUAGUAAUCCAACAGAAUCAACAUCAACAAAUUUACAUUUAUCUUCUUGGCAUUCAGUUUCUGACUUUCAAAAUAUAAACAAAAUAAAUAAAAAUACAAAUAAAGAUUUACUUAAAACAAUAACUUCUACUAAUUCAAUUAAUAAUCAAUCAAAUAAUAAUGAAAUUUGGCGUUCACCCCCAACUAAUAAUAGACCACAAUCACAGUCAGGCAUUAGAAGAAGUAAUUAUUUGGGUGCAAUUGUUUGGCAGGUUGACGAGACAGUUUAUUGUGGAGGUAUAGAAGCAGCUCUAAAUCAAAAUUUAUUGUGUCGUUUAAAUAUUGAAUAUAUUGUUGAUUUAAGUGGACAUGAAGAUGACCCAGCACUUGUAAAUACGAGGCAAACCCCGUUCAGAAUAUCCUUGUCUUUGUCCUAAA